GGCACGAGGAGGGCCGGCCCGUUGCAUCCACCGAGUCCGCGGCGGGAACCAUGCAGCUCCUGGUGAGGGUGCCGUCUGUCCCGGAGCGGGGCGAGCUGGACUGCAGCAUCUGCUACCGGCCCUUCAACCUCGCGGGCCGCGCGCCCCGCCGCCUGCCCGGGACGGCGCGCGCCCGCUGCGGCCACACGCUCUGCACCAAGUGCCUGCGCGAGCUGGCGGCGCGCGGCGACGGCGGCGGGGCGGCCGCGCGCGUGGUGCGCCUGCGCCGCGUCGUCACGUGCCCCUUCUGCCGCGCGCUCACGCCGCUCCCGCGCGGCGGGGUCAUGGAGGUCUCCGUGGACCCGGACUUGUGGUCGCGGCUGGAGGAGAGGGCGCGGGCCGAGCGCAAGCCGGAGGAGGCCGGCGGUCCGGUGGCGGGAGGCGGCGAUGCCGACGACGAAGAGGAGAGAGAGGAGGGGGCGGGACCCAGGAGCGCGGGCUGGCGCGCGCUCCGGCGGCUGUGGGAGCGGGUGCUGGCGCCCGCGCACCGCUGGCGGCGGCCGCUGCCUAGCAACGUGCUGUACUGUCCGGAGAUAAAGGACCUGGCCCGCAUGAGCCGCUGCACGCUGUGACCGCGGAGGCCAAAGCCGCGGCGGAAGGAAGGUGGGCGCUGCAUUCUCGGGGCGCGCUGGAGUGCAGGGGUGAGGCCCAGGACACCCCGCACCCGUUCGGGGAUUGGCGCUGCUGCGGGAGUUGAGCCUAGGGCAGGAGGGGCCGCCCUAGCGAAUGGCCCCCGCACCCCGUGUACCGCCUGGGCCAGCCUCGCGUCCUCGGGGGAGAGGCCCCGGGAUGGUGGCGACGGGUCCGCAUUCCCGUGGGAAGGACAGAGAGUGUGUCCUUAGCUGUGACUUUGGCUUUUGUCCAGGGCAGCUCUGGCCAGUGGGAACAAUAGGGCCCAUUCUAGCAAUUCUGUGUCAGUGGUUUGAAAUUUCUUUAAAAGCUAGAGCGGAAGGGAAGAGGCCGAUUUUGGUGUCACGUUACUGUCACUUCUGCGGCGUCUUAAGAGAGCUGAGAAAAAUAAACGUGUUUUUCUUUUUUUUUCCAGUGCUGGUAUGCCCGUCUCCCCAGACCGGUAGUGUGUUCCUAAAAUUACUGAGAUGCCUCCGUGCCUUACUUCCUUUCACAGUCUCCCCGUGAGGGCAGGUAUCACAGGGUCCAGAGGGCAUUCUUCUGAGCCACCUACUUAGGGCCCUCAGGGCUAGGAAAGCCAUUUGGUAAAGGCAUCGCAUUUUAAUCCUUUUGAUAUUAUUUGUCAUCUUUACAAUCACAGGGAGAACACCGUCCCUACUGAAAAAAAGAUGCGUAUCAUACAAUUAGAAUUACUUUUUUAAGAGCGAGCACUUGAGGGGUUGGGAGGGACGGGAGAGGGAGGAGGAGGAGCUCAGGCAGGCUCUCUGCUGAGCCCGGAGCCUGACUUGGGGCUCGCUCUCAUGAUCCUGACUGACAUCAUGACCAGAGGCUGAAACCAAGAGUCAGAAGCUUAACGCACUCAGGCGCCCCUUCUCAUGCAGUUUUAAACUCGUGCCCCCUAAUUGGACAUCGCCUGGUGUAUGCCGUGGAUUGUUUUAAAAUCCUGUGACUACCUGAGGAUACGGUUACAGUCAGGAGCCGCAGCAUCACUGGAAUUACAAAAUCUCAGGAUCCCACUUCAGACUCUUGAGUUUUAGCAAGAACCCCAGGUGAUCCGUAGGCACGUAAACGUCGAAGCAGCACUGAUGGAGGUCCCAGACUUGCUAGGAUGUCACCUUCCGUGGGGGGAAUAUUGAAAAGUUGGUACAAAGGAUAUACAUUUUGUUGGAAGUUGUAAAGGGACAUUCUGUUGCUGAAGCAAUCUUUGUGUGGUUUAAUUAUUAUGUGACGUUUCCCUGAGUUACAAAUGUGAAUUUAUGAAAUAGAAACCUGUUUUUAUGACCGUAUUUUGGCAUUUUCCUGUGCUUGUCUCAGCUUAAAUGUUUCCUCUUGCGGGAGGCCUUUCUCAGUGUUCCUCUGAGUGUAGCCCCCUCCCCCACAGGUGCUGUUCCAGAAUGCCUUUGUUUUCCGAGAGGAUGUGUUUUGUGAGUGUGAGGGAGGCAAGAACAGCGACUGCCUUGUGCGUGUUGUGUGUCCAGGCUGAACAGUAGUGGUUAACAUGUACUGUGUACUCAAUAAACGUUUGUUGGAUUUA